GUCAAAUAGUUCAUCACAACUUGGUCUCUAGUUCUUCGCAAGGCUAGAGAGAUAUUUCUGGCGUCAUCUCACAUCUCAUUACGCGCCUUAAAUGAUGAAUUUCUACAGACCGAUUAGAUUACUUUCCAAUCACGAUUGGUUGGCCGUGAUAGAUCUUGCGCAGAUCUCCAGAUCCCCUGAACGUCAAGAGCACGAGACCUCCCACGCAUAUUCCUAUCUCAAAACCUCUCUCUUCUGACUCCCUAUUCACCUUGUUAACGCCUGCCACAUAUCUGGAUGUCUGGCGCCGACGACGUCGCGGGAGCGUGCUGUGGACUCUGCUGUCUGUGUGGAUACGGAGGCCUCGCAACAUGGUGCAAUGGCGCGGGACUCGGCGGCCGCGGCGGUCGCGGAUGUUGUGGUAGCUGCUGUGGCAGAUCCUUCAACGACGACUCCAUGGACCGCUGGGAUAAAGACAUGGCGAGACUGCGGACUGACAAGCCCGAAACAUCUCAGCCGGCGGCAGCCUCGCCUAUGGCUUUGCCCCGCCAAUCGACAGAACGACCUGGAUCUCCCGUGGAACGGGCGGACGCGACCGGGCCAACUUCUCCCGCGCCAGCAUAAUGCACAGGUAGUAGUAGCGGUUUCUGUCUCUCUUUUGCCUCAUCAAAGCUUGUUGUCCUGCGUCGUAUCA